AUGGGCAAUCGGUUUAAAACGAUGCCGGGAUACCACAGCUUGAUCAGAGCACAUGGGAUCAUAGCUGUGAUAGCUUUCCUUGUCCUCCUUCCUGCCGCCAUCCUCAUGGCCCAAUUCUACUCUCGAAACCCAUUUUGGGCGCUACGCAUGCAUAUAUACCUUCAGAUACUAGUUGUUGGACUUUCAACAGUCGUUUUUAUCAUCGGAUUCAAUGCCGUCGGUCUCAAUCGCAGUCUUACGAACCCACAUCACGGAAUAGGUGUCGCCAUUUACACUUUGAUCUUGAUACAAGCAAUUGGUGGAUGGUGGAUACAUAAGAGAGAGAAGAAACGGAUUCCAGUCAAGCUGCCUGUAAAGUUGGUUCUGCACCAAUGGCUCGGAAGAACCAUUGCGUUACUGGGCUUCGCUCAGGUUCCCCUCGGAUUGACCCUCUACGGAAGUCCUAAGUGGAUGUUCAUCUUGUAUGCUGUCUGGAUGUCCUUCUUGCUGGUCUUAUUCUUCGUUUUGUGCUAUAGAGCAAUUCCACCACUUGACGGAUAUGGGACGGGAGGCAGGCGUAGCCGUAGUCAAAGCAGAACGGUUAUUUCAGACAAGAAGCCCAGCAGGUUCGGAGGACUUUUGGGUCCAUUGGCCCUGGGGGCUGGAGCCGCAACAUUACUGGGCAGACGCAAUAGGAGCCGCAGUAGGAGUCGAAGCCAUAGUCGAAGCAGGAGAACCGAAGUCAUUCCAAGCAGAAGAGGAAGUGGGAGUUAUAUCGAGGAGGAAAAGUACACGGAGAGGUCCAAGAAGAGUGGCGGGAUGAUGGAUAAGCUAUUGAAAGCAGGAGCAGUCUUCGGAGCGGCUGGCUUAGCCAAAAGCUUCUUCGAUCGAAGGCGAGACAAGAGAGCUGACGACGAUUAUUCUUCUGUUGCUCAUGAUACACCAUCUCGACGACAUGCUGCUCGGCGACACAGCGAUAGCGAUCUAUCCGAGAGCAUUGUUGUGCACAGAAUGGAAGAAGGAAGACCAGGACACUCGGGCGUAUUGCCUGGACCAGGAGACCCGGUUCUGGCAGCAGCAGCUAUCAGUGCUGCAGCACCUAGACCUACCACACCAAGGCCGGUCCGUAGGCAAAGUUCCUUCGAUUCUGGUUCAUAUUCUUACGAGUCUACGCUCUCUCCGUCGAGACGCCCACAAUCUACCCACGGGGCUCGCAAUGGAGUUCUAGCUGGCCUUGGAUUGGGGUGGUUCGCAAAGAAGAUGAAAGACAGGCGAGAUAGGAAGGAGCUGGACCGUCUUGAUCGACUUGAAGCACAACGUAUUGAAGAUGAACGCCUCGCCAGACAUGGCGCCACGCCAUCUCGACUCACAGGCGACGGAUUCCCAAACUCAGGCCGCCGAUAUCAACGACGACCUUCUAUUGCACACUCUUCCGAACUCUCGUCCAUCAUUGACGACCCUCACGCUAUCCGCCCUGGAGCCAUACCACCGCCUCUUGUUCCACCACCUUUCCAACCCGGUCCAAUAGCCACAGAUAUGGAAGCGAGAAGGUCGCGAUACGAUGUCACACAACCUGUGUCAAUGCCACCCUUGCCUCAUGAUCCACAAGGCAUUUUGCAUCAAGAAGAGUCAGGAAGCGAAGCCUACAUGUCAGCAGGCGGUCACCCGCAUCGCAGACAUUCCUCACGGAGGAGAAGAGAAGGAGAGAUAGCUGCAGCCGCCGCAGUAGCAGAAGCCGCAAGCCUAGCAGCAAAAGAAGAAGCCCGUAGGAGGCGAUCGAGAAGUAGAGGUGGGCACACGAGUGGAGAUAUAGUCAGUCCACCUGUGAGCGUGAAAGUGAAAGUCCACGGAGACAAAGACCGGAAUGUCACGUUACGGCGUCUCACAGAGCAGGAAGCUGCCGCAGAAAGAGAAGCGAGAAGGUCAGAUCGACGACGGAGGCGUGCAGACUCGUUAUCUAGUUUGAGUGGCACAGACACUGGACCCUCGCGGCGGAGAUAUAGAAGAGAAGGAAGUGUGAGAAGGGAUAAUACACCACCUCCAGCAAUGGCGCCGUUAAAUCCUCCUGCUCCACCGUUUGCAGGUGGUAGGAAACCGAAGGACUCGGCAUACUAUAGCGGCAGACCAAGCGAGCCAGGAGGAAGUCCCGCUGGGCUACCAGCUGGGAGUAUAGGAAGUCCAGAGAGCCAUGGUACAUGGAGUGCCAUGAGUCCCAGUGUGGAGGGUGGUGAUGGAGCAGAGGCUGCUGCUGAGAGGCGGAGGAGGAGGAGGUUAGAGCGGAAUCAAAGGAAUCAGACGGGGACGGUGGAUUUCACCUAA